AUGCAUUCAUCUUUCAUUCUUCAUCGCUUCCGCAAGGUGAGAAAAAACAGCAUGCAGCCUCAACUACUGCAACAAAAGCCUCUGUUCUUCUUAUUGAGCUUCAUAAUCUGGUCAUGGGGGACUCUUGACGGCGUCGUUUCGGACCCUCAGACGAAUCUAGUGCGACUUUGGUGUGACCCCCAAGACGGCGACAACGAUGGGUCCAUCAUGAAGGAGAUCCUUAACAAAACGUUUGGAGAUCUGAGAGCUCAGAUCCAAAACCAAAACAAACACUUCGCCAGAGCUCAAUCAGUGGAAGCUAACAUCCCCGUUUAUGGCCUUUUUCAGUGCAGAAACUACCUCUCCGUCGCCGAUUGCCUCGCUUGCUUUGACGUCGCCGCCGUAAACAUCCACAACUGCUCCGCUAGGGCAUACGCUGCCCGUCUUGUCUGCGACGGCUGCUUCCUCAGGUAUGAGAGCAGUCAAAGCUUCGAUUCGGCCAGCGAUAGUUGGAACAACAUAGUAUGUGGGAAUCAGACAAUAAAAGAUUCUCCGGCUCUUUCUUCAACUGUGCAACAAGUGCUAAGGAAUCUAGGCAUAGCAACCCCAAGAAUCCCUGGUUCCUAUGUGGCCACUAAGACGCCUGUCCCUAACAGUAAUGAUCUGAAUAUUUAUGGCUUGGCUCAAUGUGUUGACACUGUCCCACAAAAGGGGUGCCAGACUUGUAUUAACAUUGCUUUAAGCCACUUUCAGAAUUGCCUCACCAACACAGAUGCUAAGAGUUACGAUAUUGGCUGUUUCGUGAGAUAUUCCACCACUGCCUUCUUUGCUCUUAAUCAAACAAUUGAUAUUAACCCCUUCUUGAAACAAGGAGAUAUCACUGGAAUUAGCAUGUUGAAAGCCGCGGUUAAUUACAAUUACGGGGAUUUGAAGUCUGCAACAAAAAAUUUCAGCAUUGAAAAUAAACUUGGAGAAGGCGGAUUUGGUGCAGUAUAUAAGGGUACCUUGAAGAAUGGAAAAAUAGUUGCGGUGAAGAAAUUAACUUUACGACAAUCCAAGAGGAUAGAAGAAGAAUUUGAGAGUGAAGUGAAACUUAUACGUAACGUUCAUCAUCGGAAUCUUGUCCGGCUUCUUGGAUGUUGCAGUAAAGGCAAUCAGAGAAUUCUGGUUUAUGAAUACAUGGAAAAGACCAGUCUUGACAGAUUCUUAUUUGAGGAUAUACAGCCCCUGAAUAUGCAAUUCAUGGACAGCUAUCAGAAAAAGUUGAUUAUAUAG